CGCUUACUGACUGCUCGCUUUUGAUGAUAUACUGAAAUAUAUGGAACACCAGAUAUAAUAAUUUCAUCGGAUAAGUAUUGUUCAAUUAUAAUGUUUAUAGAGUGAAAUCAGCGAUAAUCAUACCGGCAAUCUUUUUGCAGAUCGCGAAGAAGGAAUAUUUACCGCGUAAGUAUUUAUCGUCCGCGGAAAUCCUCGACUCACGACGAAUUCAUUUAUGAUUCUCGUCGAAGUUCUUAUCGAAGACGGAUGUCGCGUUUCCUUACGUGAGUACUGGGCUGGGUUACAUAGCGUUAAACUAGUCAUUUCGGUGAAGUCAACCAUCAUACUGGCCACUAGACUACCGAGGAAAAUACUACAUAAUAUUACUCAACGAAAAGAGUAUCAAUAUGUGCAAAGCGAAGAGUCUAUAGAAGGAAAAACGUAAAGGAAUAUAAGUCUUCAGUAAUAGGCUGGGAUAAACAGCGUUAAACUAGUCAUUUCGUUUAAGUCGACCAUCAUACUGGCCACUAGACUACCGAGGAAAGUACUACAUAACAAGUGCAAAGAAAGUACUACAUAACAUAACAAGUGGAAAGUACUACUUAACGAAAAAAUAUCAAUACGUGCACAGCGAAGGCACCUUACAGAAAUAAAAAGAGAAGAUAAAUCUUCAGUAAUGGAGGGAGAAGUACAACAAGUGGAUUAUCGCCAACUUUAUCGGCAAUCUUCGAUAGAGAUUCCUUUGAGGCCUUCAAUUUCCUUCGAUUCUGAAUCCGAUGAAGACGAUUCAGUGCCUAGAAUUGUUGGCGUACUUCCUAAGCAAACAAAAAAUGUCACCACGGACGAUUUUAAUAAAAAGGAAACAGUUAACCGCGAGUGCAUCGAUAACGUGCCGAAAAAUUGCGGUGGCGAAAACGCAUCGACUAAGGUUGACGAAACGACUGGAAAUAGUUUAGGUCUGGUAAACAUGGCGUCCCCGCGUCCGAAAUCUCCUCGUCCACCAAUUUCGGCGAAAAAGGACGAGAAGGAGGCAGGAUUUUGGGACAAAAUCGGUACCUUGGGACGUAAGAAACGAAUAAAGGAAGUUCAAGAGGUUCAAGAAGAGGGUAAAUAUGCGAUCGACUCGCCUGGAUAUGCUGCCAAUUUGGACAUGCCACCUGAAGAAUACGCUUUGGAUGAGAACGAGGAAAGGUCCAUGAUAGAACCAAGAUCUUUAGAGGAUCCAAAGUUACAGGAACUCCUCUUCGUUCUGAUAGAAUGGAUCAAUGAUGAAUUAGCCAAUCAAAGAAUCAUUGUAAAAGACAUUGCAGAAGACUUAUAUGAUGGUCAGAUUCUACAAAAAUUAUUAGAGAAAUUAACGGGUGAAAAAUUGGAUGUACCUGAAGUGACGCAGUCAGAAGAGGGACAAAAGCAAAAAUUGGCAGUGGUACUCUCGGCUGCUAAUCGAGUCUUGGGUCGUUACCCCCCUUAUAAAUGGAGUGUCGAGUCGAUUCACUCCAAGAAUAUUGUUGCGAUUUUGCAUCUCCUCGUUGGCUUGGCUCGUCAGUUCCGGGCCCCUGUCAGACUCCCUGAAAGAGUCGCAGUACAGGUUGUGGUGGUCUGGAAAAAGGAUGGUCAACUGAAUCACAGAACUAUCAGAGAAGAGAUUACAUCAACGUAUGAUGAUCUUGGAAUGCGAUGUGAACGAGAUGCCUUUGAUACACUCUUCGAUCAUCCCCCUGAAAAAUUGGCUGUCGUCAAAAAAUCAUUGAUUAAUUUUGUGAACAAACACCUGAGUAAGGUGCAUUUGGAAGUGACAGAUCUGGACUCACAAUUUCAUGAUGGUGUGUUCCUGACCCUUCUUCUGGGAUUGCUCGAAGGUUUCUUUGUUCCUUUGGGCAGUUUUCAUUUGACGCCGAAGACCCACGAUCAGAUGGUCCACAAUGUCUCCUUUGCUUUCGAUCUCAUGCAAGAUGUUGGCUUACCUAAACCAAAAGCCAGACCUGAAGAUAUUGUCAAUUUGGAUCUGAAGUCAACAUUGCGAGUAUUGUAUAAUCUUUUCACCAAGUACAAGGAAAUCAAUUAAUUUUGUCAAUGAAUCCUGUACAUUCUGGGUUUCGAAGAAGAAUGACGUUUCCAUUGACGCUACAGUUUUCACUUACUUUGAUGUAUGUUUUAUAUACAUCGAUGAAUGUGACUGGAUAAUCCCAGCAGCUAAUACUUUUAAUGAAAGUAUAAUAACUGUCACAGAGCGCGAUAUAUAUUUAUUACAAAAGCUGUGCUAUAUAAUGGUAUAUAGUUGGGAGGAAAUUUGUCACAUGAUGACGCGUCGAGGUGUCAUCAUUUUGCCAAUCUACUGCCAUUUAUUGUAGACUUACGAACUACAAUAUGCUUUACAACGUGUUAAUUCAACAACAUCGCGCAAAUAUUACAUUACUAGGUUUACUAGUCACUGACACAAUGUUUUUUUAGAAAACAAGAGCAACCGAAAACGCUGAUUUUAUAACUGUUCGUACUUCUACAAUUGAUUGUUAUUAAUUAUUAUAUUUUUAAUGGUACUAACCAAAGAGUACAUCUCAUUUACAAUAAGUUAUACUGAGUUCGUUAUUAAAAAUCGCAGGGAACGUGCCAGUCUCUGAUUAAAGGAGGACUAGGGGAAAUGUAAAAGGUCCCGACUUCCUUUUAAUUAAUUUAUAAAACAUUUUACCAUUGUGUUAAAUUAUAUUUUUAUCGCUUUCCACCGAGUGUAGUCUUCCUUUUAAUGGCCCGCAGUAGAGACCGAAAAACGCCCCGUUACUAUUUAUGCAACACAAUGACUUAACAUUCACCGUAGUCGAGUGCCUUCUUAUCUAGUACGUUAAUCACGGCAUAAAUUUAUUUUUAAACUUUUUAUUAGGAAUAUUUACACGUCUAGUUGUUAUAUUAAUAUUUAUACUGAAUGUACAAAUAGGCAACCAAUUGCGUCCUGUUGCUUACUCACAUUUCUACUACUGAAGAGUUUAAUAAACUAUUAUGCAUAAAAUAUGAAA